AUGGCGGCGUCGGGAGCCGGUUCCCCGGGCAGGCUGGUCCAGUACGUGGUGGUCCGGUCGGACCUCGUGCACGCGCUCUCGUGGCCGUUGGGGGCCGUGCUCGCGCAGGCCUGCCACGCGGCCACGGCCGCCGUGCACGUGCACUACGGGGACCCCGACACGCAGCGGUACCUGGCGGACCUGGACUCCAUGCACAAGGUGGUCCUGGCGAGCCUGGAGCAGGCCGGCGUGAGCCACAAACUGUGGGUGGAGCAGCCGGAGAACAUCCCCACCUGCCUCGCCCUGAAACCGUACCCCAGAGAGGCCGUGCAGCCGCUGCUGCGCAAGGGCCUCUCGGAGAGCCUGGAGCAGGCCGGCGUGAGCCACAAACUGUGGGUGGAGCAGCCGGAGAACAUCCCCACCUGCCUCGCCCUGAAACCGUACCCCAGAGAGGCCGUGCAGCCGCUGCUGCGCAAGUUCAAACUCUUCAAAUGA